CUUUCUUUCUGUUUUUUUUUUCUCUCUCUUUAUUAAAUUAUAUAUAUAUAUAUGUAUGAGGUAUUCUUGUUUAAUAAUUCGGAAAGGUAUAAGACUUUGAAAGUUGGUGUCUUCUGGUUUGGUAGGUUCACGGGUAGGCUAUUUUUUUUUUUUAAUUUCUGGUGAGGGCAAGAUCAAAGAAUUGGGGAGAGAUGAGUUCGCUCUUGAAGCUUUCAAGGAGGGCCUUGGAAACUGAGAUGCCCGUUAUGGUUCAGAUGCAGGAACUGAUCCGAGGAUCUAAAAAUGCCGUGUCUUUGGCCCAGGGAGUGGUUCAUUGGCAACCUCCAGAGCAAGCUUUGAAAAAGGUGAAAGAACUUGUAUCUGAUCCUAUAGUCAGUCGAUAUGGUGUUGAUGAAGGUAUUCCUGAACUUAGAGCAGCUUUGAUAAAAAAGUUGCGUGAUGAAAAUAAUUUGCACAAGUCUUCAGUGAUGGUUACAGCAGGGGCCAAUCAGGCAUUUGUAAAUCUAGUUCUCACUCUCUGUGAUCCGGAUGAUUCUGUGGUUAUGUUUGCUCCAUACUACUUCAAUGCAUACAUGUCGUUCCAGAUGACUGGUGUUACCAAUAUACUAGUUGGUCCUGGUAGCCCAGACUCACUUCAUCCUGAUGCAGAUUGGUUGGAAAAAAUAUUAUCCGAAACUAAACCACCUCCAAAGCUUGUAACUGUUGUUAACCCGGGCAAUCCAACCGGAACCUACAUUCCGGAGCCUCUUUUAAAGAGGAUUUCAGAUCUGUGCAAGAAGGCUGGCUCUUGGCUUGUUGUUGAUAAUACAUACGAGUAUUUUAUGUACGAUGGCCUGAAACAUUCUUGUAUUGAGGGAAAUCAUAUUGUUAAUGUUUUCUCAUUCUCAAAAGCAUAUGGAAUGAUGGGAUGGCGGGUUGGAUAUAUAGCUUACCCCUCUGAAGUAGAAAACUUUGCUGAACAACUUCUGAAAGUUCAAGACAACAUUCCCAUCUGUGCUUCAAUAUUAUCACAGUAUCUUGCCCUGUAUUCACUGGAACUGGGUCCUCAGUGGGUUGUGGACAGAGUAAAAAGUCUUGAAAAGAACAGAGAAAUUGUUUUAGAAGCUCUCUCUCCCCUUGGAGAGGGUUCUGUGAAAGGAGGAGAGGGUGCCAUAUACCUGUGGGCAAAGCUUCCACAUGAAAAUGCCUACGAUGAUUUCGAUGUUGUUCGCUGGCUCGCUCACAAGCAUGGUGUUGCAGUAAUCCCAGGAAAAGCAUGUGGUUGUCCUGGCAAUCUUAGAAUUUCAUUUGGAGGCUUGACAGAGAAUGAUUGCAGAGCUGCUGCAGAAAGACUGAAGAAAGGCUUAGAAGAAUUGGUUAGAGAUGGACUGAGUCAGUAACUGAAAUUAAUCAUACAACAUCAUCCCCUUCCUCCAUACUGGAAAAACAAAAACAGUAGAUAUCAAUAGAAACAAAUUUCACUUGCCAAUGUUGCAAGUUUGCAACUGAUGAAUUUUGAAUAAAUGGAGGAUUUACUUUCUACCCGGUCAAGUUGUGGGAUAGCAAGUUUUCAUUAUUUUCAUUUUCAUAAAUUUCAAAACAUUGGCUUCAAAUGCA